AUGGCAUUUAAUGGAUUUUCGACGACCUUUAAGAAGUAUCUCGACGUUGUUGGGUAUCACCAUGUUUUGAUGUUUCUUUUGCUUGUUCCAAUUGUAUUUCUAUCGGUUCUUGUCGCAGGCUGCUCGAACUCUGCUCUCAUCAACGUUUAUUUAAUAUCGUUAUCAUACGCUACGAAUAUCACCUCUUCGCCGCUUCAGGAUGAACACCCAGCAAAGCUUAAUCCAAAUAUGCCAGGGAUAUUCGCAAAUUUAACAACUGGAGCGCGAAAUAAUGCAGAUUCGUUUGAGAUCAGGACAGGAUAUCUGAGCCAUUGCUUGAAGCAAGCCUCAGGGCUCUGGGUUUGUGCUCGAGACAUACAGCCGCUAGCAAAAGUCAUCAGUGACCAAAAAAAAUCAAAUAUCGACCCGUUAAAUCUGAUAUAUAUGUCCAAGGCCUUCAAGGAUCGGAUGGUUUUCAGCGGCCUAAUAUUUGCAUCUAUUCCGUUUCUAUUUGUCUGUUUCCUGCUUCUCGCAACCUUUCCCACCUGGCAGGAUGAAGUUGAUUCGAAUGGCAGCGAAGUUCAGGUCAAACCAUUUCCCUCAAAGGUGGUGUCUCGUGUCACGACUGUUUUAGUGGUGCUUGCUUCCUUGUUAGCCUUUGUAUCUAUAUUUUGGCAGCAUAUAUCGAGCUCGGCAAGUGUUACCAUGAAUGAGGAGCUCUAUUAUGGCGUCGUCAGAUCUCACAGCGGAGUAGUUGCUAUGAUACUUGGCUGGGGUGGAGUUUUUGCUGCUUUUCUUGUUGUCUUAGGGUUGGUUGUCAUGCUUGUGAGCUUAGACCUUGUAAUAAAGCUUAGCGAUUAGCGAUUUGGCGUGAUUUUAUCUCUUGUUUACGCCGUUUCUUUUCGUUUAGUCAAAUCUUUUAAGUCAAUAUAUGAGUUAUGCU